AGGUGUCGAGAUGGCCGUCCACGUGCUGGACUAUGAUCACUUUGCCAUCAGCGCCAUUGUUGUGGGCAGCCUGCAGCUGUUCUUCUUCCUCAUCAACUCCAUACUGCACAUGGACAAGCUGACGGACUUUGCGGGCGGCGUCAACUUCAUUAUCAUCUCGCUGUUGACCUUCUUUCUGGGCCAAAUUGAUCGGCCUUCAAAGGCCUACGACAGCCGCCAGCUGAUGGUCACGCUCUUUGUGUGCCUGUGGGGCGCCCGGCUAUCCGGAUAUUUGCUGUAUCGCAUCAUCAAGUUGGGCCGCGACAAGCAGUUCGAGGAUACCCGACGCAACGUCAUACGCUAUGCGGUCUUCUGGACCUUUCAGGCCGUUUGGGUGUACAUCGUCUCACUGCCAGUGAUCAUCAUCAAUUCGCCGCGCCAUUCGCAGCCGCAUGCACCCAAGACCAUGACCACCCUGGACUCCACCGGCACGGGCAUGUUCAUUGUGGGGCUGCUGGCCGAGACCUAUGCGGAUCUGCAAAAGUUCUCGUUCCGCCAGGACCCGGCCAAUCAGGGAAAGUUCUGCAACGAUGGGUUGUGGAGUGUUUCCCGUCAUCCGAACUAUUUUGGGGAGGUCAUCAUUUGGUGGGGCAUCUUUGCCAUCUCCCUGAACGUGAUCAGCGGCCAUGAGUGGGUGGCCAUUGCCUCGCCCAUCUUUACCACGCUGAUCAUACUCUUCCUGUCCGGCAUUCCGCUGCGCGAACGUAGCGCCGACGAGAAGUACAAAGACCAGCUGGAGUACCGCAAGUACAAGGCCUCCACCUCGCCACUGAUCCCCGUGCCACCGGCUGUCUACGUGGAGGUGCCCAGUGCCCUGAAGUUCAUCCUCUGCUGCGAGUUCCCCAUCUACGACUCGAUGAGCAUCCAGAAGGACCUCAGCCCCUACUCGCUGUCCAUCGCCCGCUCCCACUCGCACAUUUAGCAGUCAGUGGCCCACUCCAGCAGCACGCAGGCUGGGGUGGGCCAGGUGCACACCCACUCGGUGGCCCACUCGCUCCACAGGGGCCACUGCUACGGCGCCAAUGGGGGGGACGCCGAGAGCCACCACAACUGCGGUGGCAGCUGCCGCAAUGUGCACGUCAAGUCCAAUCCGUACCAGUGCGAGGCGGGCUACGGCCACUAUCCGGUGAAGCACACCGACGACGAGGACACGGACGAUGGCAUCAUCUAUAUGGCCGGGCCCGGAUCGGCACCGGGCUGCUCCAAGGCAAAGACGCACUGCAUCCACGCGCAGGAGCAUCAAAGCCAGAACCAGAACCAGAACCAGAACCACACGAAGGCAACGAAAUGCAGCUAUCUGGCAGAGGAGGAGCUGGCCUCCGACUACGAUGAGGAUGUGCCGGCGAUCGACCUGAGCAAGGCCACAAGCGUGGAGAGCUUCGGCACCCGGGUGCAAACAGAACGCUCUGUGAAUGCCGAUGGCCAGCCCGUGACCGUGACCACGAUUUUGUGAUUGCAACUAUAGGAUUAUCAUUUGCCCAAGAGAGAUCCCAUUUUUAUUACGAGAAUAUAUUGUAAAUAGACGGAGCUUUGCAUUGUGACGAUUGUAGACUCCGUGAAAGUGAUUUUGAAAAAAGCAUUGCGCCACGAAACGGGUGCCAAAGUACCGGUAAAGGAACAAGGAUACCUUCAACCACGCAGCUGUCUAGCACUCUCUAGUCUCUAUGCGCUGUAGUUGCUCAAAUAACUAAUGUGCCUCUUAUUAUACGAGUAUAUGCUCUCCGCGUACCCCUAGAAUGUUGCACUCUUUCAAAGUUUAUGCUACUACUACUACUACUACUACUACCACUACUACUAGUCUUUGUUGAACUCUUGAUAGUCAGGGCCCUGUGGCCCAUAGAUGAUCUCCUGAUGGUCUGCUCAAGAGUAUACAUACAUAUAUCUUAGCUGCAUAUUUUCUUAUCGAACCGCAACUCUCGCCCCACCAAAAUAAACGAAACUCGAAACCAACCAAAACCAAACUGAAACAUAUCCCAAGUAUAUGGCAAAGAUGUGAGGCAGAAACAACACGCUAGAAUGGGUUCUAAAGCCAUUGUUAUUUUAUAUACAAGAAUACGAGUAUCUACUAGCUAAAGAUGUAUAAGAUGAAGAUUUAAAGAUAUAUAUAUUGUAUAUUGUAUAUUGUAUGUGGAUGUUAUCACUAUGUGUCUGUGUCUCGCCGGUGUCUCAAAUUUCAAGCAGUAUUACAAAACAAAACGAAAGAAAUUGUACCUAAUCGAUUAUGCUGAGUAUGGUUAAAAAAUAAACAAAAUGCAAGGAACAAUGCGUACACCUG